AUGUGGACGGUUUUGGAUGCUGCGUCUGAAAAGUGUCAGAUACCUGCCCAAGACGCGACGGUAGCGCUACGUGCUUCGAGCCUGGUCAUAUUCGGUUCUGCCUUGGGAGCUUACAUUCUGAGACUGAUAUCAAAGUGCAUCUACAAGUCAGAAUGGGGCGCCGAUGAUACUUUCAUGUCACUUGCUGCAUUCCUCAUUCUUCCUCUUAUUGUUCUGCUCCAAUUAAUGGUAUCAGAAGGAAUUGGUCGUGAUUUACGCACCCUUAAAGAUGAACAAAUCAUCUUUUGUUUCCAGAUGUUCUACUUUCAACAAGUGACAUACUUUAUCGUACUCGGCUUGGUGAAAGCUUCUGUGUUGGCUUUCUACCUCCGGAUCUUUCCAGACCACAAGUUCCGAUUCGCAGUUUGGGUUACCCAAUUUGUCAAUCUCUCGUCAGCUGGGCUAUAUGUCAUUUUAAUCCUUCUUCAGAAAAACCCGGUCUCGUUGAAUUGGACGGGAUUUUACGAGCCAAAUCACCAUGGGGAUGUGUUGAAUGAUAAGCUAUUGUACUUGACUCAUGGCAUUAUCAGCAUGGCAUUGGACAUUUGGAUGGUCAUAUUGCCUUUUACGCAGGUCUACCACUUGGGAAUCAAGCUGCGCAAGAAAAUCGGUGUGCUUGCUAUGUUCAGCUGUGGAAUUCUACUGGUAGGAACCAGUAUGAUUAGAUUCUACUAUCUGGUAAAGUAUCAAGUAGCGAGAGAUGCCGAAGAAGCUGUAAAAGCGAUUAUGUGGGCGAACAUCGAACUCUGCAUGGGCGUUGUGGUAGGCUGCAUGCCCAAUAUUCGUCAAUUGACGCGAAGAGCCCAUCAUUUUAUAAUAUCGCGAAGUGGCCACAGCAAUACGGAUCCAGAACAGAACAGUGGUAUCUUCAGGCAACGAUCGUUGGCGUAUAUAUCCAAUGAGACGACUGUUGUUUCUGGGGAAGAGAAAGGAACAGGUGCAACAGCGUCUAGUUUUUCUACAUACGUCGGCGAUAUCUUGGACCCUGGGAGGGACUAA